AUGGAUAUGGUGAAGAACUACAAGCCCUUAGAGCAUAAAGCAGCUGGUCACGGUGGCACCCUAACUGAUGGUGAUGGGUUGCUAAUUUUUAAACCGGCAUUGCCACAGGAACUGGUAUUCUAUAAAGCCAUACAAGCGCGAUACAUGAGCCGCGGGGAGCCGCCGGUUGGUGGAGAUGCUCCCUUAUACUCUUGGAUGCCCACGUAUCUUGGAGUCUUAGAUGAAGGCACUAGGGUCGAAAAAGGUGGAAGUGCUGCCUUUUUAGAGAUAGAUCAACGGUUGAAUGAUUCUACUGACAACGUCGCCUCGACAUCGCCGUUGUCCGAGCAGGGUACACAAUACCUCGUCCUAGAAAACCUGUUAUAUGGGUUCAGUAAACCUAAUGUACUUGAUAUAAAAUUAGGCAAAAUAUUGUAUGAUUCGAAGGCUUCUUCAGAGAAAAAAGAGAGGUUGAAGAGAGUUAGUGAGGCGACGACUUCUGGUUCUUUGUGUUUCAGGAUAUGUGGCAUGAAAAUACAGAAGAAUACAUGUGUACUGAGGCAGUUAUUGCCCGAACAUUACGAAGAAGAAGCAGAUACUGGGUAUAUCUUUAUAAAUAAAUUGUAUGGUCGUUCAAGAACUGAUCAAAACAUUUCAGAUGCCUUCGAGCUGUAUUUCAACAAUUCGCAUUUGUCAGACACCAGGAGACAUCAACUGAAGAAGAUGUUCCUGAAAAGAUUGCAGCUGUUUUACAAUACCAUAUUGGAAGAAGAAGUUAGAAUGAUUUCAAGCAGUCUUUUGUUUAUUUAUGAAGGGGAUCCGAAGCAGUGGGACUCUUUAAAUGACGUCGACCAACUCAUACGAGAUGAUUUUAUAGACGAUGAUGAUGAUGAUGGUGGCAACGGUGGGGAAAGAGGCGGGGAGUCAAAGGAGAGAAGAACGAGUUGUCUAAGUUCGAUGUCACUGAUAGAUUUUGCACAUGCUGAAGUAACUCCGGGAAGGGGUUACGAUGAAAACGUCAUUGAAGGUGUUGAAAACUUGCUAGAUAUUUUUAUGAAAUUUUAG